AACACAUUUUCUCUUUGUUGUAUGCACUUGUCCAAAAGGAAAGCUUAAAGAUUCCAAACUAACCAAGACGCAAAAACAAGAGAGUGAAGAAGAAGAAAGAAGAUGGUUUUUACUCCCUACCCAGAUUUCCUCAUUAUCUUCAACUCCAAAGAUGUUUCUCUUUCUCAACGUUUGGUACUCCCAAGUGAUUACAGACAGUACUACCCAACGCCUCUCCCUCAGACAGCGGUUCUCAGGAAGCCAGAAGGAAACUUCUGGACCGUCAAAUGGGCAAUAAGUCAAGAGGAGGAGAUUAGCUUCGGAGAUGGCUGGUCUAAGUUUAUCGCAGAGAAUGAUCCCAUCGACGGAGACUUUCUGCAAUUCUCUUACGAUGGUUCCCGAAGCUUCUUGGUUAGCAUUUUCAGGAAUGGGCUCCCUGUGAAGCCAACAGCUCCUGUCACAAUACAAGACAUUUCAGAUGAUGAUGAGGAUAAAACAGCUGGUGAUGGUGAUGAGAAGAAAGAAGAAGAAGAUUAUGAUCAGAACAUGAUCAUUUCUCUUUCUUUGGGAAGUAGCGACGAAGACUACGAUGCUGAUAAAACGGUCAGUGAAGUUAACAAAGCUGAUGGAACUUUAAAGAGAGGAAGUUCUUCGCAAAGGAUACGUGCUCAAUCCAUUGGUGAUCCGGAAAUGUAUCUUGAUGAUCCCAAGAACCCUUGCUUUAUUGCAACGUCGUCGUCGUGUAGGCGUAUGUUGGUGAUUGCUAUGCAAGUAAUAAAAGACUAUGACUUGAAGUUUGAUGGCACGAUCAAGUUCAUCGAUGGUUUUGGUGAAUUAGAGGGAAAGAUUGGAAACUGGAAAGAUCGUGUUGUCGUUUACUCGUGGCAAGAAAUCUAUAACAGAAACCAUGCAAAGCCCGGAGAUGUGAUCAUAUGUGAGAUUCUACGUGAAGGAGGUGUUGUUCGAUCCAUCAAGGCUCACUUCGUUAAGAAAUGAUGUUUUAUUUAUGCGUCUCAAGACUUCAAAGAAUUGGUGUUUAUGUAAUGUUAACAUUCAUCGUCUCUUUUAGGCUGUUGUGUUAUCCUUUGUUCUCUCAGGAUCUUGUUGAAAGUUGGUGUUUGCUUUUUUUUUGAACGUUUUGUUAACUUGGUGUUUGCUUUUGGAUUUAAGUUUUAAAUGUUUGGUGUCG